AAAUAAACAUGAGACAAGAAAACAUUAUUUCCUUUACACAUUUAUGACAAUAACAAGCUUCAAACAAGAAACAUGUACGCGGAAGAUCAUUCCAGAUAUGUUUUGCUCACCAACGGCAACAACAGGCAAGUUCGUUUCUCCUCUCAAACUAAAUAAAUACAAAAAACAUUCGAUUUUUAGAACCUCUUGGAUACGAGACAAGAGCACUCUGAUAUUGUUCGCAGUGCUCAUUUUACCCGUUGUAAUUUUCUGUGUCAGUUACAUGACCCUGUUUGGCGUCUAUGAGAAAACAGUUUUCCCAAUCACCAGGACGUCAGAAGUGUCUGAACUCGCCAUUAAACGUGCCAUAAUUUACAACAGCCAAACAUACAAUGAAACAAAUCAGAUAUCGUUUGCGGGCAGCAAAAACCACAGUGAAACUACGCACGACUAUAAAUUGGUUUGCUACUACAAUUUCCCCAACAAAGAAGUUAAUCCUUUGAAAAGCGAAAACGUCGACCCAUUCCUAUGUACGCAUAUCAAUCUCGCUUUUGUGUCCGUCCUGAACAACACCCUGUACAUCAGUGACGCACAGACAGCGACGAUCAGAAGAAUUGCGGCGUUGAAACUGAUAAAUCCAAAAUUGAAAGUGUUACUGUCCGUCGGAGGCGCGGGUAACACCUCAGGCUUCGGCACGAUGGUAACGAAUCACGGCAACAGGAAAACGUUCAUCAAAUCGGUGAUGAAUUGCAUCAGAAACUAUCGCAUCGAUGGCAUAGAUUUGGACUGGGAAUAUCCCAACGAAGACCGAAAACAACGCAUGCAUUUCACGCAACUUUUGGAGGAAUUUCGCGCGUCGAUCAACAGACAAAACAAACCGUAUUUGUUGACGGUUGCAGUCGCUGCCCCCGUUCCGAUCGUCGACACCGCCUACGAUGUCAUGUACAUGAACGAUUACGUGGAUUAUGUAAAUUUGAUGUCGUACGACUAUCAUUUCUAUACGAAAUACACGCCAUUUACCGGUUUGAACUCGCCCUUGUACGGGAACUCGCAAGAUAUAUUCAUAUUCGCUACCCUGAACAUGAAUUACACUGUCAACUAUUGGAAUUACAAAGGAAUGGACAGGAAUAAGAUUGUUGUGGGUUUGCCAACUUAUGGGCACAGUUUCAAAUUGAUGAAUCCCCGGAAUAACGGUUUGUUUGCUCCCGCAUCCGGCUACGGAAAACUGGGCUCGAACGGUUUCAUAGACUACGGACAGGUGUGCGUGUUUCUUACUCUGAACCACAUCUCACCCAUUUUCGAUAUGGACACUAAAAGUCCGUACGCGUCCAAAUAUUUAGAAUGGAUUUCAUUCGACGACGAACAAAGUUUAUCUUACAAGGCGGAAUUCAUCAGGGAUAAUCAUUAUGGUGGGGCGAUGGUUUAUUCGAUGAACACGGACGAUCAUAAAGGCAUGUGCGCAUCGGUUGGUAAAUCAACGAUGAAAAAGUUCCCCUUGAUCAAUACGAUCAAACAAGUUUUGUCCGAAAAGUCACUAAAUUAAUGAAUAAUCUACACCAAAUAAAGUUCUUUCGACUGAUUGAUUCUAGCAUGGAUAGGCUUUUUGUAAAUGUAUUUCCGGUAGUUUACGGACUCUUCUCGUUCGAAUUGUGAUAUUUCCCUUAGUAUUAGAGAAAAACUUGUUGUUUCAUGCUCAGAAACUUGUAAAUGUAUUAUUAUUAUUAUUAUUAUUAUUAUUAUUAUUAUUAUUAUUAUAAUUAUAAUCUAUUCAUGUAUUAUAUGAUUGAUUGAU